CGAAUUCAGUCCACACCGACAUGGCCACAUCUCCGCUUCUCUUUGUUAUUUGUUCAAGCAUUCUUGUCGCCGUCAUAGCCAAGUACGAACCAACCUGGGAAUCCUUAGACUCUCGCCCCCUCCCGCAGUGGUAUGAUGAUGCCAAAAUCGGAAUCUUUAUUCACUGGGGCGUCUUCGCCGUCCCGUCCUUCGGUUCAGAAUGGUUCUGGGAGUUUUGGAAGAAAGGAAAACUUCCCGCCUACGUCAGCUUCAUGGAGGAAAACUAUCCUCCAGGCUUCACGUAUCAGGACUUUGCCCCUCAGUUCACGGCAGAGUUUUUCGACCCUGAAGAGUGGACGAGGUUUUCAACUCCUCCGGGGCUCAGUACGUCGUCCUUACCAGCAAACAUCACGAAGGUUUUACUCUUUGGCCUUCGCCGGAUUCAUGGAACUGGAACAGCAUGGAUGUUGGGCCGAAGAGGAACUUGGUUGGUGACUUGGCCAGCGCUCGAGUCGAAGGCACCGCACAUUCACUUCGGCUUAUAUCACUCCUUGUUUGAAUGGUUUAAUCCUCUAUACCUGCAAGACAAAGCCAAUUACUUUCACACGAACGAUUUUGUUGCCACCAAAACGCUACCAGAACUCUACGACAUAGUAAGAAACUACGAGCCAGAAAUCAUCUGGUCUGACGGCGAAGCAGAGGCCCAUGACUGGUACUGGAAUGCCACGGUUUUUCUGGCCUGGCUUUUCAACAACUCGCCCGUGAAAGACACGGUGGUCGUCAACGACCGGUGGGGCAUCGGAACACCUUGCAAACACGGUUCAUUUUACACCUGUGCCGACAGAUAUAACCCAGGUACAGUGCAGCCCCAUAAAUGGGAGAACUGCAUGACGCUCGACAAGAAAUCUUGGGGUUACAGACGCAACGCUGUUCUGGCAGACUACCUGACCAUUCACGAGCUCAUCACCCAAUUAGCUGAGACGGUCAGUUGUGGAGGAAAUAUCUUGAUAAACAUUGGACCAACCCACGACGGGCGUCUUCCUCCCAUCAUGGAGGAGAGGUUGAGACAACUCGGCACUUGGCUUGGUAUAAACGGGGGGGCCAUUUAUGGAUCUCGACCUUGGGUACAUCAAAAUGACUCCGUAACUCCAGGAGUUUGGUACACUGCCAAAGAGGAUGUGACUUAUGCCAUUGUUCUCAACUGGCCAAAGAAAAGUAGUCUGUUGUUGGCGUCAGUCGAACCUACGGAACAGACCAAGAUUUUCAUGUUUGGUUAUGGAGAUUUUUUGGAAGAGGAACUCAAGUUCAAGUCUACGAAAAGUGGGAUGGUCAUAAAGUUUCCAGAAAUGGGCGAAGUUAGGAGCCAGUGGGCCUGGGUAUUGAUCAUGACUGACAUUAUUCCAGCGGCGCCACGGAGGUGAUUUACGGGUCUUUUAGGAGCAAGAGCCCGUGUUGGCAUAUAGCCAGCUUAUUCAAUAACAAUAAGGACCCAUGAACUUCAUGGUCAUUUAAAAGGGAUGACCUAAUACUCGGAGAAAGGCAGCGUCUUUCAUUCCAUGGGAUCGUUUACUCUUCAGAUGCUGGUUACCGAAGUUUCUGAAAUUUGCCGUUUCGUGGUUACACUUUGCUCGUGCCUUUAAAUGAAAAGUGCGUUUAAUAUUACGUACUUCCUUCUUAUUGUCGGGGGACACUAGUAACGUAAAGGACGACUAAACGCAAAAUGAACACCCGCGUUAAAAUGGUAAGAUAAAAAUUGUAGCCAUCUUAUUUUGUGUUUAUUUAUACUUUCUAUUCUCGUGAUUCACACAGUCUGUAUGGCUGUGAAGCCCAGUGGCGCUGUGCCCAGAAAUUCCAUUUCCUGGAGUGAUGAAAACCAGUUCAUCAAAUAGAUGUGACUAUCAUUCAUCUUUUUUAAGAAUACAUAAUUCUUUUCAUCACAGCAGCUGUAUGCAUAAUUAUAUCGCAAUAGGAAUUGAUAUUUUCAUUUACGUACAAUGUAGUUAACCGAGACAUAAUAAACAAUAGAAAGGAUA